CACCUCAUUUAAAUUCAUCAUCCUUCACCUCCAAUUUCCUCUCCUUAAACCCCAAACAUUUUACCAGUCUUCUUCUUCAAUUCUACUCCGUCCUACUUUUCCCCUCCAUUUUCCACACCCUUUCUCUUUCUCUCUCAUCACGUGAUUCCCUCAUGCCGACGUGCGGCGACGUGGACGCGGUGGCGCGUGCUCUUAAUUGCCGUAACAGCACGUCGGCAUCCCACAUAAAGCUCCUCUCCACAAUCGUGAUCUUCGCCACCAGCGUCGCCGGAAUAUCCUUCCCAGUCGUGCUUGCGAAGUCGUUCGCGGGAAAACCGGCGUACGACAAGGCUACUUUGGUAAUUAAGUGCUACGCGGCGGGGGUAAUCCUGUCAACUUCCCUCGUCCACGUCUUACCCGACGCCUUCGACGCGCUUAGUGACUGCGUAGUUGCUACGCGCCACCCGUGGAAGGAUUUCCCCUUCGCAGGACUCGUAACUCUCAUUGGCGCGCUGUUGGCUCUCCUCGUCGACCUCGCCGCCAACUCUUCCCACGCGGAGCUCCACGGCCACGGGCACGGCGGGUACACGCAGCUCGACGAGCCUCAAAUACAAUCCCACUGCCACGGCGGAGGUGGCGAAGGGAAGGUGGAAAUGAUGGUGGUGGUGAGAGGAAACGGUGACGUAGUGGAGGAGAAAGGAGCGGCGGUGGCGGAGACGGCGGAGGUGGAGGAGAUGAGAGAGAAAAUGAGGCAGAGGAUGGUUUCACAAGUGCUGGAAAUUGGGAUAAUAUUUCAUUCAGUGAUAAUAGGGGUGACAAUGGGUAUGUCUCAAAAUGUUUGUACUAUUAAACCACUUGUUGCUGCUCUGUCCUUUCAUCAAAUUUUUGAAGGCAUGGGUCUUGGUGGUUGCAUUGCUCAGGCAGGAUUCAGCUUCAAGACAACAGCCUACAUGUGCUUCAUGUUUUCAGUGACAACACCAGUUGGGAUAAUUUUAGGGAUGAUUAUUUUUGCAGUGACAGGGUACGAUGACAGCAGCGCUAACGCGUUGAUUUCAGAAGGUUUAUUAGGUUCUCUAUCAUCUGGUAUACUCAUAUACAUGGCUCUAGUUGACCUAAUAUCUGCAGAUUUCUUCCACAAUAAGUUGAUGAGUUCAGAAACAAAGAUGAAGAAGGGUUGUUAUAUUGCUCUGGUUCUUGGUUCUGUUUCUAUGUCAAUACUCGCACUUUGGGCUUGAAAAUGUUGUGCAUAUACGGAGUAUGUAACACUGUAACUGAUGUAAGAAAUUAUUACUGGUACUUGUUUACCAAUUACUAUAAUUGUAUUAGAAAUAGGUCUCCUUGGUUAUGGUUGUACUAGGUUGUAUGACACGGAUGGACUUGUUGAAUUGUUGUUGAUCUUUUUGGAAGGUCAUUUGGUAAAUAUCAUAGAGCUUCCAUUA